AACACUCCAUUUUUUUGGGUGGAUUUCUAUUUGGAUUUAAAGCAAACUGACUAGACUGGUUUAGUGUAGCAAGUGUGUGAUUCGAGAUAUUAAGAAAGUGUGUGUAUAUGUCUGCGUGUGUGUGUAUUAGUGUGUGUAUCUGUGGCCAUGCUGGAGGAAAAGAAGGCCCCGGGAUCAACGGACGCAGGUCACCGAAAAAACAUCCGCAGCAGCACGAGUAAAAGCAUCGUCAUCUCCCACAGCAGCGACCGUGCACACCGCUUUGCAUUGGUAUCUGAGCGUUGCGCCCCCUCUCCUGCUGCAGGGCCCCUACCUGGCCCCCUACUUGGAGGGCUCCCAGGGAGCGCGCUCCUGAUUGGCCAGCAGGCUGCCUCCUUGCUGCUGGCUCAACUGAAAGCCCAGAUAGCACUGACGCAGAUCAACAGAGCCAUCACCAUUCGCAGCCGACCGCCGACCUUGGCAACCAAUUCCAACACCCCUGCUCCCUUUAUACCCACAACAGCCCCCUCCCCAACUGCAGCGGCGAUCAACCUCCUCAACCGUCUGAAGAUCGCAAACGCCAUGUCCCAUCCACUGUACAACCCCUAUGCCCCUGGGAACCAAAGUUCCACCCAGGGGCAGUAUGGACUCCCAAAUAUCCCAGCAGAGAGGGAUCCUCGGAUUGUAGCACCUCACCUUGUUCCUGGGUCCAGCUUUGGCCCUGCUGGAGCUUCUCCUGCGACUCCUGCCAACUCUGGGGUGUUGCCCCCAGCCAUGAGUUACAGGCCUGACCAGGGUCGGGCCAGCAUAGAUGAGACCAUGGAGAGGUCCAUAGAAAUGCAAAUUAGCAGAGCCAGAGAGGAGGUGAGGCGUCUUAACCAGCCCACGCAUCCGCCCGUAGACCAGGGCCCUCGCUAUAUCAGCACUCAAAGGGAGGGGUUUCUCUCCUCACAGGUCACAGGGAGGUCCUCAUACCCAAUGCCCUCAAACCCUACCUCUGUAUUACAAAGACAAUCAGGGGCUGAAAGUGCAAGAAGCUCCAUGGACUGGUCAUCAAGCUACAAAAUGCCUCCUUCUGAAGAUUACUCUAAAUUUUAUCCACCACCUGCUUCGUCUAGCUAUGCAAGUGCUGAUAACGGUAGGUUCAAUGCGUCCAGCGAAAGAGAACGUGAUAUGCAGUCCAUUCCAGGCUUAGGUGAUGAUUUUGACUAUCCACAGCCAGAUAAAAUUGCACCUGCGCCUACAGAGUCCAGUCGACCCAAGUACACCUCUGAAUCAGCGUCCAACAUCCUUGUGCACUUUGGACUUGAGAAAGAGGACUUGGAACAUCUCAUCUCCUAUCCUGAAGACCAGAUCACCCCCGCUAACCUGCCGUUCAUCUUGAGGCAAAUCCGCAUUGAGAAGACGAAGAGAGCCACAGAUGAGUCUCAGGCAAAUCCCCAACCCCCCAGAACUGUGAGUGGAUUGGACAGUCAGAGUUUAAGCAGUUCUGGAGGGCCAAUGAUGCGGCAGGAGGAAACAUCAUCAGCUGUUAACCAGCCAAGUAAAGUGAUAGACUAUGGACAUACUGGCAAAUAUACUGGAGGGGUUGGAGAUGAGAUUGGGAGAGCCAGUGGCGGUAGAGCUAACAGUGGUGGGAGUGGAAGUCUGAUACAAAUGGACACUUACGAUAGUAGCAGACACAGUCGAGAACUUCUGCCAACAAACACAGCAGAGGUGAAAAGCAGUGCCUCGGGUUCUUCACGUGACCAGACAAGCGCUGUUUCUAGUCUCAGUUCUUCAUACGGUUCACGACUGAGCUCUGCAGCUCCCCCAAUCAAUGAUCAGACUAAACGAUUGCUGAAUCUGGCAAAUCAGACUUCCCAAUCCCCCCUCAGAUCUUAUUCUCUACCGAAGAAAGACACAGACAUCAGGCUUCUCAAGUCUGAACCCACUAAACACAGUGCUUUGCAAGAACCACUGGCAGAUCGCCAUCCAACGUCCAAAACCCAACCACCUGUCUCUCUGUACCAUGGUGUGCAUCCCAGCAGACCUGGCGUUGGGUUCAUUGGAGGUAACCAGGCCAGUGGCGCCAAGGUACAGAGUAAAUCUCAAGGACAAGGGUCUACUGUUCCUGAGCCGAUGAAGAAGCAGCAGCAGCAGCAGCAGCAGCAGCAGCAGCAGCAGCAACCGAGGCAGCAGCAUCAGCAGCAGCAGUUUCAGCAGCAGCCGAGGCAGCAGGUGCAGCAGCAGCAGGUUCAGCAGCAGCCGAGGCAGCAGCAGCAGCAGCAGCAGCAGGUUCAGCAGCAGCAGCAGCAGGUACAGCAGCCAACACAGCUGAUGGGGCAAGCUCUGUGGCCGCCAGUUUUUUCGUUGGUCAGUGCUCCUCCAGCUGCAUCUCAGCAGAUCCCGGGCCUGAUGAACAUCUCGCCUUUGCUGGUGCAAGCAUCCAAGACUCCAGCAGCCAAUUGUGACGUCUCCAAGGGUCUGCCGACUGUCGCCAUGAUGCAUGACUAUGCGGCAGCCUCGCCGAGAAUCUUUCCACAUACCUGUUGUCUGUGUAACAGAGAAUGUACUCGUAUGAAGGAUUGGAUCUCGCACCAGAACACUGCCCUUCACCUUGAGAACUGCAGACUCCUCCGAACACAAUACCCACUGUGGGAUGGUGAGAUAGCAGUCAAGCCCAGCGCUGCAGGUAAAGAUGCCAAGCCCUCGCACAAAACUUCUACACAGACUAUCCAGCACCGUCAGAAAACCAGACGUGGAAUUCGCUCCCGCUCCCGUUCGCCAAGCCCGCGUCGCCAUGGCUCCAAUGGUAAAAGGGAAAAACACAGGAGCUCAUCGCGUUCGCCGCACAGCUCCAGGCAAACUUGCAGGUCCCGAUCUCGUUCUUUUUCUCCUCUGUGUUACUCCUCCCGCUAUCGAUCACGAUCAAGGAGCUCUGAGAGAAGAUUUUCGCCAAGGAGAGACGACAAAAGGUCCCCACCAAGGAGGAGAGACGAGAGACGGUCAUCUCCAAGAAGAAGCCGCGAGAGAAGGACAUCUCAGAGAAGUAGCCGUGAGAAACGAUCACCUCUGAGGAGAACUGACGAGAGACGAUCACCACCAAGGAGGAGUCAGCAAAAGAGGGAAAGCAGUGUAGAAAACCUGGCUAAGAAACUCCUGGGAGCAACAGCUGUGCAGUCUCUGUCAAACCCCACUGACCUGGAGGCCGUCGUUAAAACUCUGGCUCCUGCCUUACUGGUCGAGCUAGCCAAGCUGAAGUCUUCAUCAUCAUUAGCCUCCUCCUCCUCCUCCUCCUCUGCAACAGCAGCAAAGCCGCUCACUAAAAAGCCUGUUAAGGCAAAUCCUAGUCCUACACAGACCCAGGGUGCUGAAGUUCCACCUCAAAACAUUGUGAGGCUAUUCAUGGUUCCUACAUUCGUAUCUUACACAGAUAUCGAACAUGCUCUGUGGCACAUUGGAAAAACUGAGUCAAUUGUAUUAUAUCGAUCCUUACGUGAGGCAGCAGUGUAUUUCAAGAGAGCAGAAGACGCUCAGAAAUUAAUCAACCAGAAGGACAUCUACGUGAAAGGAAAUUGGCUCCUUGUUAAAGAGAAAAAGGACCUCAUUUCUCAGGAGCAAAGGACACAGAAAAAACUUUCCACAUCCGGGUCCAUCCCUACAUCUUCCAGCAAGCUUCUUCGAGUCGAAAAACCUGCAGCAGGCAAGCUUACCAACCAGAAAGGUGUGGCUAAAGGUGCCGUCAAAGGCCCAACGCAUGCCUCUAAAGCCAAAGUAUUGGUUUCCAAAGGGAAAAACACCCCUGGCAAGCAGAUAUCUAAAACAGGAGGGGUUCCUGCGAAGGGAGCUGUGAAAAAGGCUGGGGUAAAGCCAAACACGUCCAAGGUUCCAGAUGAAAAGAUGGAUGUAGAAAAAUCCACGGUUCAAGAAGCCGCACCGCAAAACACAGUUAUUGUUGUUGAGGAUGACGAUGUGGUAAUUAUUGAACCCGGGUCAGAACCGGACAAGGCUAAUGACGCUGGAGAUGCUAAACCAAUGGAGGUUGAGGCAGUGGGAGCGCGAGCGGUAGGGCCCAUGGACGUCGCUCAAGAAGAAAAAACAACUACCACCGAGUCUGUUCCAGAAAGCUCUGCAGACAAACGCAGUGAGAGUCAGCCAGUAAACACUGAAGAGGAGAGUCAACCAGGAAAAACUGAAGAGGAGAGUCAACCAGGAAAGACUGAAGAGGAGAGUCAACCAGGAAAGACUGAAGAGGAGAGUCAACCAGGAAAGACUGGAGAGGAGAGCCAGCCAGCAAACCCUGAACAGGAGAGCCAGCCAGCAAACCCUGAGGAGGAGAGCCAGCCACUGGAAAUGUCGGUCGAGGCUUCACAGAUCCAGGAGAGGCCCUCGACAGAACCAGAGUCCACAACCCAGGGACCGGAGACACACUCCGUGGCUUCGCCCACCGAGGCUUCACACACUCCACAGGAAACAGCAGGCAGCUUGACUGAAGCACCGACUGAGGCACAGCUUCCAGAAGAAGAGGUGGAGACAAAAUCGAUUCAGAAAGUGAAGAGCGAAAAGAUAUACUUGGCAGUCACUCCAGAGGAUUGGCUGACUUGCGGGGAACUAAUACAAAACCACCUGUAUCCCUCCAGGAUAAGGACCCUCUCGACAAAGCGCGUCUUUGGACCAAUGUUUACUAAACUGAAUGCCACACACGUGCUCCUUUCCAACCUGCCGGAUCAUCGCAAAUUCAGCUACACCGUAAACGACAUCACCCAGCUAUUUCUACCAUUUGGGGUUAUCGUCCCUGAAAGACUGAUCUACACGUUUCCUCAGUCACGCAUGGCGUUUCUCUGUCUGCCAUCAUGUCAGCGUGUGCCGGACAUGGUGAAAGCCUCUGAGAAGAAGGCCUUGAAGUUACAUGGUUGUGCACUUACUGUCAACUCCAUAGAGCCCCCAUUUAAAAUGAGUCCGCUCGCGUUUUAUUACUGGCUGAUGACCCUGAUCGGUGAACGCACGGAUGUUGCCGGAGAGAAAAUAGUCCUCAUCAACAACAUUUCAUGGACAGAUUCCCAGGAGUUGAGAGAAACUCUGAAAGGAAUUGUUAUUCAUCCUGUCAUCAACUUCCUCCCUCUCCUCAACAAGGUGUUUAUAGAGUUCAAGACCAUUGCUGAUGUUGAUCGACUCGGAGCUUGGUACAGUCAGAAAGGAGACCCCUGCCACCAAGUCUACAGACUAAAAAAAAAGUACUUGGGAAAACUGAAAUCUAAGCAAAACAAAUGUGGAGGAUUCUUUGUCACUCUGAGAAGUGCUCCCUUCCUGUUUCCUACCUCGGGUCCUACCUUUAUCAUUCCUGAUCACCUGACAGUCAGCGGAGCGGGCGACAUCGAGAAGGCCAGUGGUUGCGGCUCCAUGUUCCCCACCAUCAUGUUGACGGGUUUACCAGAGAAAUUCUACAAGUACGAGGACGUGGCCCGGUUGUUCCUGUGCUACUUCCCCAAGCAGGACCUGGACUCCCUGUACUACAACGUGCUUAUCUUACCGCUGCAGAAGAGGGCCUUCGUGUUAUUCACUGACUGGACGAUGUGCUGCAAAUUUGCUCGAAGUCACAUUUCAGAGCCAGUCUCAAUCAUAGGCGAGAAGCUCCACAUUCACUUCGUCUUGGAACCAGUGCUUCCUGCGUCCAGUGAGGAGAUGAUGUACACCACUCUGGUGAAGCUAAGCGACGGUAGAGUUCCAGAGCCCGAGUGUCUGCAGGAGCGCUUGUUGCAUGUGCUGUUUACCAAGUGUUAUCGGAGCAUCCUCUUCGACUUCAUGGAGGUGGUUCUCUCUGCGGCGCCCUAUGUCAACUUCCUGGCACUUGCCAACAGGCUCUACAUCGAGAUGGUCGACUCCAGUGGCGUUACGAAAGUGUUGGAGAAACUCCAAACUAUCUCGCAAGACUUGAAGAAUUGGGGUCAAAUUCAAAGUAUUGAAUCUCUGGACCCACUCAAACAGCAUCUGCACUAUUCAAAUGAUACCAAAAGAAAGGCUGACACGGACUCUGUCUCGUCAAAAGAAGACGUGGUGAAAGCUGAAGGUGCUAAGUCUGCCGUCAGCACUGGGAACACCGCAGCUCCUGGUUCCGCCUCCACAGGAACCCAGCCGAGAGCAGAUCUCCCUCGCAUCAACAAGGAUGUUUUCCAGGCGCUCACGGCGGCCGUCCGUAACCACAGACUCACCCGGGCCAGCCGGUCCCACAGCGAGGGCAGGAAGAGCCAGAGCAAAAGCAGAGGAACUUCUGGACCUGAAUCGGCCGGCACUGCACCGCAGAAAGAGGAUUAUUUCACCAGUGACAUCCCUCCUUCAGACUACUAUGGUUUCGACGAGCAGGAUUUGGACAUGGAUGAGUUUGUGACCGUGGAUGAAGUCUGCGACGACGAGGCGCAGUCCUCGAGCCACCGGGAUCAUGGUUCCUCCUCCUCCUCCAGGCCAUCCUUCAGAAUGAGGAGAGGGAGGCACAGCUCCGCCGACAGACACUCCUCAUCGCGGUACUCAAAAGACGGCAAGAGGUCCGCCCCUUCUUCCUCUUCCUCCUCCAGGACGACUAGAGGCGCAAGCUCUUAUCGCUCUGAGUCACCGAAAAAGUCCAAAUCCUCCUCCAGCUCCAGUAAGACCUCCUCUUCUUCUUCCUCUGCCACUAAAACCCCUUCUUCCCCUGGUCAGAAAACACAACAGAGCAAGACAAAACCUCCAGUGUCCUCUGGUUCCCGCUCGUCUUCCGCCGCACGGGAGACGGAAAAGAAAACAGCCGCAUCAGCCAUCGAGGCUUCAAAGGAGACUCAUUCCGAGAGAGACAGAGUGAAAGCCAAUCAGCGUGCAGUGGCGACGCCCAGCCACAAGGUAGCGGCAGAGGACGUUCCUGCAAAAAGUGUUGAGUCAGAGACAGACAGGGAAACAUCGUCAGGGAUGCGUGAUGAGUCCAGCCAAGAAGAAGAGGAGAACAACAGCAAGGAGGAAGAGAAGGAUGAUGAAGAGAAACAAACAGAGGUGGAGGAAGGAGAAAAGUACCAGAUCCUUGAUGAAACUGAUGAACAGAUGGAUGAUGGGGAACAGGAUGGAGGAUCUGAAGCCCCGCCAACUCAACCCGAGGGAGGACAGGAGGAUAGCUUUCAGGUUGUGGACAGUGUUGACAACGAAGCCCGCCCACAGGAAAUGGAAGUGGACGAUUCUUUCAAAGUGUUAGACACUGUUACUGAAGACCAGACAACUACAGGUGAAGAGGAAAGCUCCACAGGAGAGGGCGCUGCAUCAGCCGGGGACAAAUCAGAUAAAGAUCAGGAGCUAGUCAAACAGGACAAGCUUCUGUGGGAGAAGAGACGAAGAGCAAAGAGGAAGAAGCAGAUUCUUGCAGAGAUCCUGAAAUCCCAGAUGAAGUCCAGACCCUUCCCGACAAAGAUCAGGAAAGCGACGAUGUCGCUAGAAACCUUUGAGAUUUUAGAUUCUAUUGACGAUCAAACCGCAGCAGAAGACCCGAAAACUCCCUGUGAGCCGAUCUCUAAGGAAGCGAUGGAGGAAGAGGAGGCGACGUAUCAGGUGAUCGAUUCUGUGGGAGAUCAGCCGACCGACAACAUGGGGAGGAGAAACGGGAGAGGAGAGGCGAGGAAAGAGUCGAAGAAGAGUGUCCCCGCCACCAGAGCAUCCAGGAGUGACGCCACGGAGGAGGUUGUGUAUGAGGUGAUAGACUCUGUUGGAGACAAACCAGUUCAAGAAGUCAGGAGGAGGAGUGUGAGAGGAAGGAAAGACGUGUCAGAGGAGGCUACGUAUGAGAUCAUAGACUCUGUAGAGGACGAGACGGCCAGCGAUGAACCGACGACCUCAAGAUCUACGAGAGGAACAAGAGGAAGAGCGGCGAACAGAGACACGCCGACGAGGAGGAGGAACACUCCUGCCAGAGAGACGCAAACCCCGAAGAGAGAGGAGAAAGAGCCUCGAAGAGCGAGGAGAAAGAGCCUCCGAAGGAGAGCGACGUUGCUGAGUCAGGAGGAUGCUGCCGUAGCAGAAGCGCAGGAUGAGGUUAAGGAUGUACUGCCUGCUGCAAAACCAAAAGGGAAAAGAGGAAGACCAAAAAAGAUGACUAAAAAAGAGAUCGCUGCGAAGAAAGCGGAGAAAGAGGCAGCAGAAAAAGCAGCUGCAGAAGAAGAACAAACGUACCAGAUCCUCGAUUCUGUGGAGGACGAGACUACGGACGAUCCACCAACCAUAGAGGAGACUUCUAAAAACAAACAAGAGGAAGGAGCAUCCAUCGCACCUGGGGAGGAGGAGGAGGAGGAAGAGCCUAUGUAUCAGGUCGUGGAUUCUCUGGAUGAAGAGCAAUCCCAAGAGGAGCCGCCGGCCUCAGAAGUGCCCGACAAACGCAAACCAGAAGAAGAAACUCCUGCAAAAGAAGAGGCUUCCUCUGGAAAAGAAGACACGCCUGCGUCUGGAAAAACAGACGUGGAAACGAGUGAAAAAGUGGAGGAGAAUCUGUACCAGAUUGUGGACGAUUUAGAGGAUACGAACGAGGAAGAAGCAACCCAAGACAGAGAGAUAGAGGACAAUCCAACCGCUGAAUCCAAGAGUGAUGCCGCUCUGUUAGAGAAGGCUGACCAAGAAAACGCCCCGGAGAAAGACCCGGUGAGCCUGGACGAGGUGAGCGACGAAGAGGAGGACUACCCCGACGAUGCCGCCGAGGAGGAAGAGCUGAGGAGGCGACAAGCCGCCACCAAAGACAGGCGGUUCACAAAGGAGAGGGAGGAGAGGAGGACCAGGGAGAGGGGGGAGAGGAGGAGCAGGGAGAGGGAGAGGAGGAGCCAUAGCAACAGCAGCAGCAGAGGAGGAGGAAGAGCGAGGAGGAUGAAGGAGGAAGAGGAGCAGGUCGACCCCAAACAGCUGGUGACUCUGGAUGAGGUGGGAGCAGAUGAGGCGGGGGAGGAGGGGGUAGAGAUGCAGGCACUCGUCACUCUGGAUGAGUUCAUCGAAGAAGAAGAGGGGGAGAAGGACACGCCAGAGACCCGCCCACUGAGCCAGGAGGACCAAUCAGAGGACUUCUUAAACCCAGAGACGCUGGUGACUUUAGACGAAGCGGGCGACGAUGAUGAAGAGGAGCAGGAUGAAGAGGAGGGUGAGAACACCUGCAGAUCGGCCAAACGCAAACCCCAAUUGGUCGUCUCCAUAUUAAAAAAAGAUUUGGAGGAAAGCGCAACCUUUGUGACGGUGGACGAGGUGGGAGAGGGGGAGGAGCAAGAACAGGAGCUGUGUAAAACAAGGACGAGAGAACCGGCCAAGAAGAGAGCCAGGCGGACCCCUGUGAGAAAAUCAGCCAGGGGGAAAACCACAAGAGACGAGACGGAAGAAGAAGCAGCAUCGGAUGUCCCGCCUCCUGCUCCACUCGACACAUCCUCCUCAGGUGACGUGCAGCAGCCAGAGGAGGGAGUGGAAGCAGCCAGUCCCGCCCACAUCGAGGCCUCCUCUGCUGGGCAGGAGAUGCAGCCAGAGGAGCAGACUCUGGAGGAGUGUGCGGAGGAAGGAGACGAGGAGAAGGAGGAGCGGAGCAAAGUGGACAUUAAAGUUAAACGGAGGAAGGAGCCCAUCGGUCCGGAAGCAAAGCGAUCCCGCUCUCAGUCUCCCUCGGUCUCUAUCAACGUCAAACUGCCGCCCUUCCAACCCAACAACCCCCUAGGUCAGGAGUUUGUCGUCCCUAAAUCCGGAUUCUUCUGUAACCUGUGUUCGGUGUUCUACCUGACGGAGAGCACGGCCCGGGACGAGCACUGCAGCAGCCAGAGACACUACGACAACCUGCAGGAACAUUACCAGAAGCUGCAGCAGACACCGUCCGGUUACUCGCAAGGAUCUGUUUCCGAUUGAUUCUGACUUUUGUAUAAACGUGUAAAGCUGACCAGUGUUUAGCGUCACACACCAAUGUAUAUUAAGCCAACUAAUUCCCAAUCAGACAUCUACCAUAAACACAUGUUAGCAUGUAUUCAAGCUCCCUCGCUCUGCCUGCAGGUGCACACAUGCAUCUCUUGUUUUGUGAUGAUUAAAUACUCUCUUCACUUUUUUAUGUUUGAUGAUUUUAUGCUAAAUUAGUUUGACAGCUGGGAUUUCUGCAGGAUGUGAUUAAUGAUAUAUAUCCUCUUCAUCCCGGUCUCAUGUAGGUCAUAGAUCCUGUUACUGAUGGAGCUUCAUCACUUGUUUUUAAACGCCAUCACUUUUCUAUCAGAUCAUUACAUUCAACAUUCAAAGCAUCAUUUUAGUUUUCCUUUUUAGACUCGAUCACCACGCAGUGACCGCUUCUUCUCAUUGUUUGUAGAAGUGAAUACAUAAUAAUAAAUUGUGGUCUUUUCUUUUUAUGUGUACCUGAAAUGGCAUUACCCCCCCUCAGAUUCUGCUCAUGUAAUUUAAAUAAAAUGUGUUCACUCUCA